AUGGCUUCCCCACCGCCAGUCCUCCUCGUAAUCGAUCUCCAACAGGGCAUCGUCGAGGCAGCAGAUUGGGGACCCCGCUCCACCCCCAGACUGACCGAAAAUGUCGCACAUCUCCUCCAGACCUGGCGCUCCCGAUCCUGGCCCGUACUACACGUCUACCACGACGAGCUCAAUGAGCCAGACAACCCCGCGCAGGUGAAAUUCCCCGAAACAUUCGCGCCUCACACCUCUGCGGCGCCGCUCGCAUCGGAGCCCCAAUUCAUCAAGCACCAAGGUAGCGCGUUCGUGGGCACUAAGUUGCAAGAAGAGUUAGAGCGGUUGGAGAAGGACGGAAAGAGGAAGAUCGUGGUUAUUGGCAUGGAUGGGUCACAGUGCGUUAAUAACACUGUCAGGCAUGCCACGGAUCUUGGGUUUCAGAUGCUGGUUGCGGCAGAUGCGUGUGCCUGUUAUGGCAUGGAGGACUGGAGGACGGGGAAGCAGCUUGGCGCGGAGGAGACGUGGGAAGCGGCAAUGGGAGUAUUGACUGGUUGUGCAAAGGUUGUAGCGACAGACAAAGUGUUAACUGCUUUAGGGUAUGAGUAG